UAAAAUCAAUAAUGUUGCCAUUGUCUAAAAAAAAUUGCUUCCGUAACUUACACCGUAUCGAUGUUAGUCAACAAGGAUGUGUUUUGUAUCCCAAGUUAUUUAUGACGAGGUUAAAGUCUCAUGCACAAUUCUAUCAAAUGACAUGCAAUUACACACCUUAAGAACUAAGGUCACUCAAGAGUCAUCUGAAAGCUUUUCUUGUGACAUCUUCUGACAAUUUUUGUAAACACACGCUUGUCGAAUAGGCUAUUUACUGCGGAAGUAAUGGCUUCCCUAAAAUUUAAUUGCAGAUAUUAUUUUGUAGUGAUAAUUAACAAUUAAACAAAAACAUAAUGUAAUGUUUUCCGAAUUGAGGAAUUGCUUAAGGAUACCUUUUAUGAGAAUGGCAUUUUGAGUACGAAAUUUCCACUUGCGUCGCGGGACAUGAACGAAAGAGAUUUGGAUUUUGAAGCGUGAACGAGAAAACCAUGAGUGACGUGAGCGGCAGCAGUUCUGGCAACAAGAGAAAAGGGAAAGGUCGCGACGAAGAGGGUUCUGAUGAGGACACUUGGGACAGCGACGAUGACGAUGAUACUAUAGCCAGAAUCCAGCGGGCGCACUUUGCUCAGGCAGCAGCCAUGCGCGGCCGCCGGCGCUCCAACCCGCGCCCGCGGCCCAUGAGCAACAAACGGAAACUAGAAGCAGUCAAACAAUUUCACGAUUUCACGAAAAAACUCAAAAAAGACACUGGUGUAGCUAUAAGAAGUCUUGUUGGUAACAAUAUAUUAGAGUUAAGUGAUUUUUCAAGUGAGGACAGUAAAACGGACAGUGAUGGUUUGUCAGAGGAGGAGUUUGUGGUUAACCCAACUGCCGUUGAGGAGUUGAACCAGGAGGACGAAAGUUACAUAGAUCCAGAGACUGGUGAUUUUGUACAAAGUAAGAAGAGUGUUGAUAUGCCGCCUAAACCCGCCAGUCCACAGUCAGAGCUUGUGCCUGCCGAGGCGGUAUUACCCGAAGAGAAGAAAACAUUAUCUAUAAGUGAUAUUAUUAGUGAUGGUGACUUAGAUUUAACUAAAAAUGUGGAGAUUUCAGAAGUUGAAGAGAGUGAGUUGUGUCCAGAUUCAGAAAAAGCUGAUGAAUUAUUAGACAUGAAAACUGAGGAGAACAGUCAAGAUUUCGACAUUACGGAAAAGUUGAAAGAAAUGGGUGAAAUUAGUGUUAAGCCAAUAAAGAAGGACGAUGAGGAAGAGAAACCACCAAGUGAGGAAGAAAAGCAGACAGAGAAUGAAGAAGAUAAAAAACAAAACAGCAAUGCACUCAAUAUGAGACGAAACAUCCGAGAUGUGAUGGACGAGAAGAACCUAGAUGCAUCUACCCUGGCUGCGCAGCGGCAGGAGUCAGAGCGUCUGGCGAGAGUCCAGGAGCAGCAAAGGAUCAUCAGAGAGGUACAAAGACAAAUAGCGAUAAAUCGUCAAAACAAAAUACACGAGAAAACGCUAUCACUAUUACAAGGAGGCUCAUCCUUAUUGAAGAAAGGACAUGGAAAACUCAACCUACCAAACACAGUAUUGGUGAAACUGCCGUCUGGCGAGAUGAAGAAGACCACAAUGAAAUCAGGUCAGGUAGAGGUGACCAAGAUCCCGAAGCCUACGACGUCUGGCGCCUCCAAGACCAUGAAACCAGAUCAAAAGACUGAUAAAAAAGAGGUGGUGGAGAUUGUGGACAGCAGCAGCGGCGAAGAGUCCUCGUCGUCGGGGUCCGAUUCAGACGAUUGCAUAAUGCUGUCCGACUCGGAGGCCCCAAAGAGCCCGGAGGUUGAGGAAGAUCCUCAUAAUUCUGGUCUCCACGUAAACGACACUUACAACACGCCAGACGAACAAGGCCGGGUACUCAUCAAUCUUGGACAUCCCGAAAACGAAGAAGACAUCUUUUUAGCCCCUCAGAUUGCACGCAUUAUAAAACCCCAUCAGAUCGGCGGCGUCAGAUUCUUAUUUGAUAACAUAAUCGAAUCCGUUGAAAGAUUCUCAACGUCUACCGGCUUCGGGUGUAUCCUGGCUCACUCCAUGGGCCUCGGGAAGACCCUGCAAAUCGUGUGCUUCUGCGAUAUAUUCCUGAGGCACACCAGCUCCAAGACCGUGCUGUGUAUCAUGCCUAUCAAUACUUUGCAAAACUGGGUGGCGGAGUUCAACAUGUGGCUACCCCUGGACGCGGCCACUAGCCCUCUGUCGGCGCACGGCGAGGUGCGCCCGCGCAACUUCCCCAUCUACGUGCUAAACGACAGCCACAAGACGCUGCAGAUGCGCGCUAAAGUGGUCAAGGAAUGGACAACGACCGGCGGUGUCCUCAUGAUUGGCUACGAGUUGUACCGGCUGCUCAGCAUGAAAAAGGACAAAAAGCCUCGUAAGAAAAAGAAGGCCGAGCUCAAGGCCGAGGAGAAAGAGAGGGAAGAGCGAGAGAAGAACAAGGAUAAACCGGACACGCUCAACGAGGAUACUCAGGGCUCCGAUGCUACUUUCCAGUCGAAGUUGUCCGACGACUCUAAGCUGGAGGAAGGCGAGCCGGCGUGCAAGCUCGAGGCCGAAAUCAGAGAAGAGAUGAAGAAAGAAGACAAGAAAAACGAGGACGCUCCUAAUGACGAGGACAAGAAACUGCUGGACGAAAUGUACGAAGCGCUAGUGAAACCCGGGCCAGACUUGGUAAUUUGCGACGAGGGCCACAGGAUUAAGAACUCUCACUCAAACAUAUCAUACGCCUUGAAACAAAUGAGGACCAAGCGCCGUGUCGUUCUUACUGGCUACCCGCUCCAAAACAACCUACUAGAAUACUGGUGCAUGGUGGACUUCGUCCGUCCGAACUACCUCGGCAGCAAGACGGAGUUCUGCAACAUGUUCGAGCGGCCCAUCCAGAACGGGCAGUGCAUCGACUCCACGCCGCAGGACAUUCGGCUCAUGCGCUACAGGGCGCACGUACUGCACUCGCUGCUCGUCGGCUUCGUGCAGAGGCGAUCGCACGCAGUACUCCAAUCGACGCUGCCCCAGAAGGAGGAAUACGUCCUUUUGGUGCGCAUGACGCCGUUGCAAAGGAAACUCUACGACCGUUUCAUGAACGAGGUCGUUCGCUCCACGUCUGUGCCUAACCCUUUGAAGGCGUUCGCUAUUUGCUGCAAGAUCUGGAACCAUCCCGACGUCCUGUACCACUUCCUAAAAAAGAGGAGCGAAGCCAACGCCGCUAUCGAGGAAGACCUAGAUCUAGAAGAGCUCGGAGGCGUGACCAAGGCGGGGCGGGCGAAAAACGGCAAAAACCAGCCUGGCAGGAGACCUGGCAGACCUAAGGGUGCCCCGAAGAAACCAGCUGCGACAAUACCACCGAACACCACCACCGGCCCAGCGCCGCCGCGCCCCGACGCACCCUACGGAAAUCCCCCCUACCCACCACAACCCUACCGACCCGACCAACCUGGGUCCUACCCUUACAACUACCAGAACCAACCUCCUGGCUACUAUCCCCCCAACCAACAGCCUUACAACCAAAACUACCCCAGCAACUACUACCCACAGCAACCCUACGACAACAGCUACCCCAACCAGUUCCCCCAAAAUAACCCAGACAUGAACAACCAAGGAUACAACCAGAACUACUGGAACAACGGCAACUACUACAACAACCCUGCCUACUAUAAUAAUCCGCAAUAUCCUAAUAACGCCCCACCACAAAACUACACAGGGAACCCAUCUGACUUCAACAAUCAGCAAUAUCCGCCUAACUACAACCCGUCGUCGAAUGACCAGCAACCCUACCCUGGUAACGCACUACAACCUUAUCAAAACAACCAGGAACAACCAGGGACCAGUUACGGGAACCAACCCAGACCGCCGUAUCAAGGCCCUUACCAGAACGCGCCAGGAUUCCCGGAGUAUCCUAACGGCCCACCAGGAUCGUAUCCCAACAAUCAAGCGCCCCCAGAAGCUUCGUUUCCUAAUAAUCCACCUCCAACGGGACCUUAUCCUAAUAAUCAACAACCGUCGGGAUCUUCUUACCCCAAUAACCAAGCACCGCCAGGACCGUACCCUAAUAAUCAACCGCCACCCGGACCUUACCCUAAUAAUCAACCGCCACCAGGUUCUUCUUACCCUAAUAAUCAACCCCCACCAUCAUCCUACCCUCCCAACCAACCUCCACCAAGCUACCCCAACCAACCUUACCCACCGCCAUAUGCGAACAACGAAGCUACUUACGGAAAUAACCAACCGCCUUACAACUUCCCUGCUUACCCAAACAACAUACCGCCUAAAGAAGAACCACAAAUCAAAUCCGAACCUGGUAACUUCCCAACCAAUGACGUUAAGCCAAUCGUUGGUCCCGGUCCAAACGGCGGCUUCGGGCAAAACCAAUUCGAUAAUACAUCACCUUAUUUGGGAUACAAUAGUGGUUCAAACUCAAGAAAUCAACAGAUCAAGAACGAACCUAAUCUUGGUUUCCAACCUGGUGAAGUCAAGAACGAAACAGGCCCUAAUGUACCGCCUUAUGGGAAUCCAGGUUAUAAUUAUAACCAAACUAACAUGCCAGGUUUUCCAAACCAAGGAGAUAAUAGUACAAAUGGGAAUUACCCGUUCCCGUCCUACCUUGAAACGAAGCCCCCACUCGGAAGCAAUAGCUCUGGCAGUCCGCUCACAUCUUGGCCUCUAGAAUCAAUCAAAACGGAAGUCGACAAACUUAAAGCCGAAGAAAAAACUGAAACGAAAUCCGAAUCAGACGGCGAAGUCAAAAUCGCCGAUUUAGACACCAAGAUGAUCGUCAAAGAUGAAGGGAAAAAGACUAAAGAAAUAUCCAGUCUCGCAAAAGAAAAUACAAAGAAACCUCAAGACAAAAAGGAAAAGACGAGGAAACCUAAAAGUGAUGCUUCUGAAUCUGAAGAUGAAGGUAAAAAACCUAAACAGAAAGGCAAAGGCAAGGAAAGCAAGAAAUCUGACAAACCGAAGCCAAGGGGUCGACCUAGACUUGCCAAAGGAAGGAAAGACAGAAAAACUUCAAAAGAGAAAGAGGAUUCAGAGUCUGAGGACAGUGAAAAAGAAGAGAAAUUAAACAGAGAAGAAGAAUUAGCCCUGAUGAAGAAAGCGGAAGAAGUAACCUAUGAUUGGGCUGCUGAAUUGCUAAAAGACUAUAUUCCUGGUAUUAUAGAGAAUUCCUCUAAGAUGGAACUUUUCUUCUAUUUGUUGAAUGAAAGCAUCAAGAUGGGCGAUAGAAUACUGCUUUUCAGCCAGAGUUUGUUCACGUUGAACCUCAUUGAAGACUUUUUAGAGAGGAAUUACAUUCCUGGCACAAACUGUUUGUGGGAGAGAAAUACUAAUUACUAUCGUCUAGACGGCUCAACGCACGCGCUAGAGCGAGAAAAGCUAAUAAACGAAUUCAACGCCAACCCAAAUAUCUACCUGUUCCUGGUAUCGACGCGCGCCGGCUCGCUAGGAAUUAACCUGGUCGGCGCCAACCGCGUCAUCGUGUUCGACGCGUCGUGGAACCCGUGCCACGACACGCAGGCCGUGUGUCGAGUGUAUAGAUACGGGCAGAAGAAACCGUGCUUCGUAUACCGCUUCGUAAUGGACUGGUGCCUCGAGAAGAAGAUAUACGACCGACAAAUCAACAAACAGGGCAUGGCCGACCGCGUGGUCGACGAGUGCAACCCCGACGCUGUUCUGUCUAUGAAGGAGAUCACUAACCUGUGCUUUGAUAAUGACGAAAAGGAAUCCGAACCCAAAGACCUGUCCGAGCACAAGGACAAGUACCUGGACGUGCUGAUGCAGGGCAUCAUCCAGCACCACAGCCAGCUGCUGAGCAAGGAGCCCUUCCAGCACGAGUCGCUGCUGGUCGAUAGGAAGGAGAAGAAACUGUCCAGUGCGGAGAAACGAUUGGCUCAGAGAGGAUAUGAAUUAGAAAAGAAGGCAGCCCUAGCGCCGAAGCCCACGACGGCGUACAGGACGGUCCGCACGGCGGACGGCAGCGUCGUGCAGCGGCCGGUCGGCACCGUGCGGCCCAUGCAGCACGGCGCGCGCUGGAUCCCGGCCGACGUGUGGCGCCGGCAGGGCAUGACCGCGCAGGAGAUGACGCUGCCGCUGGACGUGGUAAUACCAACCAACUCCGCCGAGAAGACGAACAUCGUCCUAAAGGCCGGUCAGCGGGUGAUGGUGCUCAAGUCGCCGAAGGGCAUCUACAUGCAGCUGGAGUCGGGCAAGAUCAUCGCCAUCAAGACCUCGUUCAAGGGUCUGGGGCAGAAGGCGGCUGACAACAAGGAUAGCAGCCCUAUUGGGAAGAAAAUCCUAGGCAGCCGUCCAGGCAGCAUACCGGGCUCUCUAAAGAAUAACUCCGCGAUCACAAUAACUUCCAAGAGCGGCCCCCGACCUGGCUUCCAGCGGGUCAUAACCAGGCCCGCCAUAAUAGGCCACAACAAGAUCACCAGGCCUCUGCUGCCCGGACAGAAGAUAGCCGACAUCCGGAACCGGCUAGAGAUGCGAUCCUACGGCACCGUGCGACACAGAUUACCUCCGCACCCUGGCCGCAUUAUUAGACCCAACCUCCCGGGAUCACUAAGCAUAACAAAAAUCAGAAGAGACGCUAAAAGAUCUGACAAUGAAAAUAGCGACUCUAAUCCCCCAACUAAGAUAGACUCCGACGAUGAUACUCAAAUCCUAGACAGCGACGAUGAAGAAACGGAAAAAGCGAAAAAAGCAGAUAACGAACAAAAAUCAAAGACGCUCGCGGAAAAUUCUGAAGACUCAAAAUCUUCCACGAGCUCUGAAAACCAAAAGAAAAGUGCCAAUACUCAAGAAAAACUUGCAGAACCUAUCGUUUUGACUACUGAUGAAAAACUGCCUUCGGAGGAGGCUCUAGAAGUCAAAAAUUCCGAUACUAGUGACUCCCAUUUAAGCGAUGAUUCCAGGACCCGCGUAGAUAACUCUCAAACGCCGCCGAUGGAUAACGUCGAGAGGAAAAUUAAUUUACUGAAAAACUAUAGGCAUCAAAGACCCGGCAGUAGACCUCAAACGGAAUCUAGCUUGAGUAUAUUAGAGCGAACGGCCAGCGUGCUGAACAAGGAGGGCAUGCCGGACUUCCGGAGGAACCUAGAUGAUAUAACGCAGUCAUAUUCCCCGGGUAGCGACGAAAAGCCGGGGACUAAGUCGAAGAAGAAAAAGUCUCCCAACAAGGAGGGCGAAUCUCAGAGUCAGUUUAAUUCCGGGAUGUCUCAUAGUGUGUCUAGUCUGCUGGGGUCGCCGGGCGUGAAGCGGAGCGACCACAGCGCGGCGCCGGCCCCGGCCGACGGGGGCAUGGCUCCGGCCGUGCCGCCGCUGCCGGACGCCAAGCCGCCCCACCAGCCCUAUCCCGCACCGGGGCAUCCUCCGGAGGCGCCUUACGCGCAAUAUCCAGGUUACGGCAUGAACUACGGCGCGUACCCCAGCUCGCCGUACUACGGCUACGGCAACUACCCGGCCGGCUACGCGGGCUACGCGCCGCCCGCGCCCGCGCCGGUGCCGCCCUACCCGCCCGCGCCGCCCGACUACCUGCCGCCCAACCCGCAGUGGUAAUACCGCUAACGGGCU